AUGCUGGGUGCUCGGGACCACCGAGACUGGCCCCCUGAGGAGGGGACAGCUGCAGGGCUCCAGGGCUUCGCUUUGGACAAGACCUUCCUCUCCUCUCUCAAAGGCAUCCUGCUGGAAAUUGAGCUGGCCCUGACCUUCAUCAUCUUUAUCUGCUUCACGGCCUCCAUCUCUGCCUACAUGGCUGCGGCGCUGCUCGAGUUCAUCAUCACACUUGCCUUCCUCUUCCUCUACGCCACCCAGUACCACCAGCGAUUUGAUCGGCUUAAUUGGCCCUGUCUGGUUUUUGGCAUCAUCUUGGUUUCUGUCUUUGCCUAUGAUGCCUUCAAGAUCUAUCAGACUGAGAUAGUACCCAGGACCACCCAAGGGGACCAGCAGUGA